AUGGAGCCAUGGCUGAAGAACAGGAGGAAUCUAUAUCUUGAGGAUCUGAUCGGAGAGGGAGAAUUUGGUCACGUGAGGAAGGGUGUGCUGCGAGAAGAAGGACAACAGGCUGUUAUUGUAGCUGCCAAAACCCUGAGGGUGGAUCGAGCCAAUGAAAUCACCUACCGGGACUUCGCGAAGGAAGCAAGUCUGCUCAUCGAAGUGAACGAUGAUGGAGGUCACGUGAACAUCGUCAGUCUGAUCGGACUGGUUGUUGAUGCAGUUAACAAGAGAGAUCCACGGUACAUUCUGGUUGAGUACGCUGAGCCAGGAGAGCUGCUCUGGUAUCUGGUGAGCAUACAAAACAACCAACACCGGGCAGGCUUUCCGCCGGGCUUAGGGCGACAGCUCACCGAGGUGGCCAUUGAUGUCGCCCGGGGGAUGCUGGAACUCAAACGCCGACGGAUCACCCAUCGUGACCUGGCUUGUAGGAACAUCGUCCUGACCUCUCCUGGUGGCCAGGCCGGACGGCUGGUCGCCAAAAUCUCCGACUUUGGACUGGCCCGUGACGUGUACGAGACGACACAGUACAUGAGGCACCCUCUGACAAAUGUACUGCUUCCAAUCAAGUGGAUGGCGCUAGAGUCUCUUAUCGAGGGUGUUUUCAGCUGCAAGAGUGACAUGUGGGGAUUUGGAGUCAUCAUGUGGGAGAUAGCGACUUUGGGAGGAACCCCAUAUCCCGAGGUUCAUGGCUACGAGACUCUGGUGACGAGGCUCCGCCGAGGGCACCGCCUGCAGAAACCAAACGGCUGUUCAGACGAGCUGUAUGAACUGAUGACCCUCUGCUGGCUGGAUGACCCGGAUGUACGACCCACGCCUGACGUCAUAGAGGACAGGUUGGAACAACUGCUGCAACAGAACAGGGCUUUCUUCCAGGAGACCUAG